AUGGCUUCAGCUCCCCCUGCCCGGCACCUUCUCCUGAAACUCAGCGGCAGCAGAAUCUCACCGGAGCCAGGGGCCGGCCUGGCCCGGCAGCGCCGCUGGGAAGGGCUCGCUGGGAUCCCCGGGAAGGGCUCGCUGGGAUGCCCGGGAAGGGCUCGCUGGGAUGCCCGGGAAGGGCUCGCUGGGAUGCCCGGGAAGGGCUCGGUGGGAUCCCCGGCAAGGGCUCGGUGGGAUCCCCGGCAAGGGCUCGGUGGGAUCCCCGGCAAGGGCUCGUGCCCGGAGCGCCCGGAGCAGUGCCCGGAGUGCCCGGAGUGCCCGGAGUGCUCGGAGCAGUGCCCGGAGCACACGGAGCAGUGCCCGGAGUGCACGGAGCAGUGCCCGGAGUGCCCGGAGUGCCCGGAGCGCCCGGAGCAGUGCCCGGAGUGCCCGGAGCAGUGCCCGGAGUGCCCGGAGCAGUGCCCGGAGUGCCCGGAGCAGUGCCCGGAGCAGUGCCCGGAGCAGUGCCCGGAGUGCUCGGAGCAGUGCCCGGAGCGCACGGAGCAGUGCCCGGAGUGCCCGGAGCGCACGGAGCAGUGCCCGGAGUGCUCGGAGCAGUGCCCGGAGUGCUCGGAGCAGUGCCCGGAGUGCUCGGAGCAGUGCCCGGAGUGCUCGGAGCAGUUCAAGAAAACUUCCAAGCAGAAGUUAAGCUCAGAACAAGGAGCAGCCCAGCAGAUAGGUAAGGACAUGACCACGCUUCCUGGCAGGAAUUAG